AUGGCUGAAGGGGGAGAAGGCGAAGACGAAAUCCAGUUCUUACGAACUGACGAUGAGGUGGUGCUUCAGUGCUCAGCGACGGUGCAUAAGGAACAGCAGAAACUGUGCCUGGCUGCUGAGGGCUUUGGAAACAGACUGUGUUUUCUGGAGUCCACCUCCAACUCAAAGAAUGUCCCUCCUGACUUAUCCAUUUGCACAUUUGUGCUGGAACAGUCUCUGUCUGUACGCGCUCUACAAGAGAUGCUCGCCAACACCGAGGAGAAAGCAGAAGGGCGAGUAGAUGUGGAGAAAUGGAAAUUCAUGAUGAAGACGGCCCAGGGAGGGGGUCACCGUACCCUGCUUUAUGGUCAUGCAGUUCUCCUCAGACACUCCUACAGUGGCAUGUACUUAUGCUGCUUGUCUACGUCACGCUCGUCAACAGAUAAACUCGCAUUUGAUGUGGGCCUGCAGGAAGACACUACAGGAGAAGCAUGUUGGUGGACCAUACACCCGGCCUCCAAGCAGAGGUCAGAAGGUGAGAAGGUGCGUGUGGGGGACGACCUCAUCCUCGUCAGUGUGUCCUCUGAGCGUUACCUGCACUUGUCUUACGGGAAUGGAAGUCUACACGUGGAUGCUGCCUUCCAGCAGACGCUCUGGAGCGUGGCACCAAUCUGCUCAGGCAGCGAGGUGGCACAAGGUUACCUCAUCGGUGGAGACGUGCUGCGGCUGCUGCAUGGGCACAUGGACGAGUGCCUGACCGUUCCGUCAGGGGAACACGGCGAGGAGCAGCGCAGGACGGUACACUAUGAAGGGGGUGCUGUGUCCAGUCAUGCCCGUUCUCUAUGGAGGCUGGAGACGCUUCGCGUCGCAUGGAGCGGCAGCCACACUCGUUGGGGUCAGCCUUUUCGGCUUCGGCACGUCACCACGGGCAAGUACCUGAGCCUCACAGACGAUAAAGGCCUCCUGCUCAUGGACAAAGAGAAGGCCGACGUUAAAUCCACCGCGUUCUGCUUCCGCUCCUCUAAGGAGAAGCUGGACUCGGGUUUUAAGAAGGAGGUGGAUGGGAUGGGCGUGGCCGAUAUUAAGUACGGCGACUCCGUCUGCUACAUUCAGCACGUGGACACGGGGCUUUGGCUCACAUACCAGUCAGUGGAUGCCAAAUGUGCUCGCAUGGGUGGAGUCCAAAGAAAGGCUAUAAUGCACCAUGAAGGUCACAUGGAUGACGGUCUGACGCUGUCACGAUCUCAGCAUGAAGAGUCCCGCACUGCCAGAGUUAUCCGCAGCACAGUCUUCCUCUUUAAUCGCUUCAUCAGGGGUCUUGACGCUCUAAGUAAAAAAGGAAAGACCUCAACGCUAGACCUGCCAAUUGAGUCAGUCAGCCUGAGUCUUCAGGAUCUGAUUGGCUACUUCCAGCCACCUGAUGAGCACCUGGAACAUGAGGACAAGCAGAACCGGCUGCGAGCCCUGAAGAACCGACAGAACCUCUUCCAGGAGGAGGGUAUGAUCAACCUGGUGCUGGAGUGUAUAGACAGACUGCAUGUGUACAGUAGUGCUGCUCACUUUGCAGAGGUGGCUGGCAGGGAGGCAGGAGAGACCUGGAAAUCCAUACUCAACUCACUAUACGAAUUACUGGCGGCUCUGAUAAGAGGGAACAGGAAGAACUGUGCCCAGUUUUCAGGCUCGCUGGACUGGUUGAUCAGCCGUCUGGAGAGACUGGAAGCCUCAUCAGGAAUUCUGGAGGUUUUACACUGUGUCCUGGUGGAGAGUCCUGAAGCCCUUAACAUUAUCAAAGAGGGACAUAUUAAAUCCAUAAUCUCCCUCUUAGACAAACAUGGACGCAACCACAAGGUGUUGGACGUCCUUUGUUCUCUGUGUGUGUGCCAUGGCGUAGCAGUUCGCUCCAACCAGAACCUCAUCUGUGACAACCUGUUACCGGGCAGAGAUCUUCUCCUCCAGACACGACUCGUGAACCACAUCAGCAGCAUGAGGCCUAACAUCUUCCUGGGGGUGAGUGAGGGUUCAGCUCAGUAUAGAAAAUGGUACUAUGAGCUGAUAGUGGAUCACGUGGAGCCCUUUGUGACUGCUGAGGCCACUCACCUGCGCGUGGGUUGGGCUUCCACCCCCGGCUACUCCCCUUACCCCGGAGGAGGAGAAGGCUGGGGGGGCAACGGAGUGGGAGACGACCUUUACUCCUAUGGCUUUGAUGGAUUACACCUGUGGUCAGGCUGCAUUGCACGGACAGUCAGCUCUCCUAAUCAGCAUCUGUUGAGGAUGGAGGACGUGGUUAGCUGUUGUUUGGACCUCAGUGCUCCAAGCAUCUCCUUCCGCAUCAACGGUCAGCCCGUGCAAGGCAUGUUCGAGAACUUCAACUCUGACAGCCUCUUCUUCCCCGUGGUCAGCUUUUCUGCUGGGGUCAAAGUACGCUUCCUGUUGGGUGGUCGUCACGGCGAGUUCAAGUUCCUGCCGCCGCCAGGGUACGCUCCGUGUUUUGAGGCUGUGCUGCCCAGGGAGAAGCUACGUGUGGAACACAGUCAGGAGUACAAACACGACCACAGCAGCACACGAGACCUGCUCGGCCCCACGAUUACCCUCACUCAGGCUGCCUUCACCCCUACACCUGUAGACACCAGUCAGAUUGUACUCCCUCCUCACCUAGAGCGGAUCAGAGAGAAGCUAGCAGAGAACAUUCACGAACUGUGGGUGAUGAAUAAGAUUGAACUGGGCUGGACGUACGGGACGAUUCGGGAUGACAAUAAGAGACAGCAUCCUUGUCUGGUAGAGUUUUCCAAGCUUCCAGAACAAGAGCGCAGCUAUAAUCUACAAAUGUCUCUGGAGACCCUAAAGACGUUAAUGGCUCUUGGCUGCCAUGUUGGCCUGGCUGACGAACAUGCUGUGGAGAAAGUGAAGAAUCUAAAACUCUCUGUGAAAUAUGAGCUGUCUAGUGGCUAUAAGCCUGCUCCCAUGGACCUGAGCCAUAUUAAACUAGCGUCUACCCAGGAGGCCAUGGUGGACAAGCUGGCCGAGAAUGCUCACAACGUGUGGGCCAGGGAUCGCAUUCGUCAGGGUUGGACCUACGGUAUCCAACAGGACGUGAAAAACAAAAGGAACCCGAGACUGGUGCCUUACGCUCUCCUGGAUGAGAGAACCAAGAAAUCGAAUAAGGACAGCCUGAGAGAGGCCGUUCGCACACUGCUGGGCUACGGAUACAACCUGGAGGCCCCUGACCAAGAUCAUGCGGCCCGAACGGACAUCAGUAACAUGUCUGCAGAACGUUUCCGGAUCUUUCGAGCGGAGAAGUCUUACAGCGUGAACUCAGGGAAGUGGUACUUUGAGUUUGAGGUGGUGACGGCCGGUGAGAUGAGAGUAGGCUGGGCCAGACCGGGCUGCUUGCCGGACCGGGAACUGGGCUCGGACGAACACGCCUUUGUCUUUGACGGGUUCAAGGCCCAGCGCUGGCACCAGGGAAACGAGCACUUUGGUCGUUCUUGGCAGGCCGGGGAGGUUGUUGGCUGUAUGGUGGAUAUGAAUGAACAUACUAUGGUGUUCACACUGAACGGAGAGGUUCUGCUCGACGACUCGGGUUCUGAGCUCGCCUUCAAAGACUUUGAAGUUUGGGAAGGUUUUAUCCCUGUGUGCAGUCUGGGUGUGUGUCAGGUGGGGAGGAUGAAUUUCGGUAAGGACGUGAGUACGCUCAAAUACUUCACCAUCUGUGGUCUGCAGGAGGGCUACGAACCCUUUGCUGUCAACAUGAACCGAGACAUCACCAUGUGGUUGAGUAAAAGGCUGCCGCAGUUCAUCCCGGUUCCGCCCAAUCACGAGCACAUUGAGGUCACGCGAAUAGAUGGUACUGUGGAGAGCUCUCCGUGCCUGAAGGUCACUCAGAGGUCGUUUGGUUCCCAGAACAGUAGCACGGACAUCAUGUUCUACCGCCUCAGCAUGCCCAUUGAGUGUGCCGAGAGUUUUGCCAAAUCUCCGGGGAGUAAGCUGCCAUCCAACGGGAGUUUCUUUUCCCCAAAGAAAGAUCUAGAAGAUUUUGAGACUGUGUCUGACUUUGAGGUGCUGAUGAAGAGCGCGCAUGGACACAUGAGCUCCAAUGGGCCAGAGAAGGAAAAGGAUGAGUUUAACAACCAUAAAGACUACAACCAAGAGAAACCAUCCAAACUCAAACAGAGAUUCAUGCUGAAGAGGACAAAGCCAGACUUAAACAGUAGUCAGUCAUCAGCUCGUCUGUCUCAGGAAGUGUUGGCAGAUGAGAGAGACGAUUACGAGUUUCUCAUGCAGACAGCAACGUAUUACUACUCGGUGAGGAUAUUCCCUGGUCAGGAGCCAUCCAGUGUGUGGGUGGGUUGGGUGACCUCUGAUUUCCACCAGUACGACCCGGCAUUUGAACUGAGCAAGGUUCGCACGGUCACAGUCACCCUUGGUGAUGAGAAGGGCAAAGUUCAUGAGAGUGUAAUGCGCAGUAACUGUUACAUGGUUUGGGCGGGGGAGAGCACGAGUCCUGGUCAGGGGCGGAAUAACACCGGGCUGGAGAUCGGCUGUGUGGUGGACACAGCCAGCGGCCUUCUGACCUUCACCUCCAACGGCAAAGAGCUUAGCACGUAUUACCAGGUGGAGCCCAGCACUAAGCUGUUCCCUGCAGUGUUUGCUCAGGCCACCAGUCCCAGCGUCUUUCAGUUUGAGCUGGGACGGAUAAAGAAUGUGAUGCCACUGUCUGCAGGCCUGUUUAAGAGUGAACGUAAGAACCCAAACCCUCAGUGCCCUCCGCGGCUGCAUAUACAGUUUCUGACUCCGGUACUGUGGAGCCGUGUGCCCAACCACUUCCUGAAGGCAGAGGUGACCCGUGUGAGUGAGAGACACGGCUGGCUGGUCCACUGCUCAGAACCACUGCAGUUUAUGAGUUUGCACAUACCAGAGGAGAACAGAUCUGUGGACAUCCUGGAGCUGACAGAGCAGAGGGAACUCUUAAAAUUCCACUACCACACUCUGCGUCUCUACUCAGCCGUGUGUGCUCUAGGGAACAACCGAGUGGCUCACGCUCUGUGCAGCCACGUAGACGAAGCCCAGCUCCUGUCUGCCAUUCAGAACAAAUACAUGCCCGGCCUCCUCCGCACGGGCUACUACGACCUCCUCAUCGACAUCCACCUGAGCAGCUACGCCACCGCUCGCCUCAUGAUGAACUCUGAAUACAUCGUUCCCAUGACGGAGGAAACCAAGAGCAUCACCCUCUUCCCGGACGAGAAGAAAAAACACGGGCUGCCAGGCAUCGGCCUGAGCACUUCCCUGCGGCCUCGGAUGCGAUUCUCCUCGCCCUGUUUCGUUAGCGGCGUCGCCGGGGGCAACGGGGCCGACUUUUUUCAGUACAGUCCGGAGUUCCCCUUGGAAACCCUAAAAAGCCGCACAAUGGAAAUGCUGACGGAGGCCGUGCAGGAGGGAAGCCUGCACGUCAGGGACCCUAUAGGGGGCAGCACUGAGUUUUUGUUUGUGCCGCUCAUUAAACUGUUCUAUACCCUCCUCAUUAUGGGAAUUUUCCAUAAUGGAGACCUGAGGACCAUCCUGCAGCUGAUUGAACCCAGUGUGUUCUCUCAGGAUUCAGGUAGCGAGAGCGCCCCCCACAGGCCGCAGGGAGACACAAAACAAAGCGAAGGGCAGGGGUCAGGAAUGGUGGAGGAGCGGUUAAAGGGGAAGUUACCCAAAGAGGGUCUGCUUCAGAUGAAACUGCCUGAACCAGUCAAAUUACAGAUGUGUCACCUGCUGCAGUACCUCUGUGACUGUCAGGUAAGGCAUCGUAUUGAGGCGGUGGUGGCCUUCUCUGAUGACUUUGUGGCCAACCUUCAGGAGAACCAGCGCUUCCGAUAUAACGAGGUCAUGCAGGCUCUCAACAUGUCCGCUGCACUGACCGCACGCAAAACCAAAGAGUUUCGUUCCCCACCACAGGAACAGAUUAACAUGCUGCUGAACUUUAAAGAUGGGAAUCAGGACUGUCCAUGUCCUGAGGACAUCAGAGACCAGCUUAUCAACUUCCAUGAAGACCUGAUGACUCACUGUGGUAUUGAGAUGGAUGAUGACAAAGCUGGCGAUGCUGACGGAGAUUUUACCCUCCGAGGUCGUCUCAUGUCCCUGGUGGAGAAAGUGGCCUACUUAAAGAAGAAAAUGGCUGACUUGCCAAAGAAAAAAAAAACAAAGAAACCCAGUACCCUGCAGCAGCUUAUCUCUGAGACCAUGGUCCGCUGGGCACAGGAGUCGGUCAUCGAAGACCCGGAGCUGGUCAGAGCCAUGUUUGUGUUACUGCACCGGCAGUAUGAUGGUAUUGGGGGACAGGUACGGGCGCUCCCCAAAACCUACACCAUCAACUCUGUGUCAGUGGAGGACACCAUCAACCUGCUGGCUUCUCUGGGCCAGAUCCGCUCGCUGCUCAGCGUCAGGAUGGGACGAGAGGAGGAGAAACUCAUGAUCCGCGGCCUUGGAGACAUAAUGAAUAACAAGGUGUUCUACCAGCAUCCUAACCUGAUGAGAGCUCUGGGUAUGCAUGAGACAGUUAUGGAAGUCAUGGUUAAUGUGCUUGGUGGAGGAGAGUCCAAGGAAAUCACAUUUCCUAAGAUGGUGGCCAACUGCUGUCGUUUUCUUUGCUACUUCUGUCGCAUCAGUAGACAAAACCAAAAAGCCAUGUUUGAACAUCUCAGUUACCUGCUGGAGAACAGCAGCGUUGGUCUGGCCUCUCCCUCCAUGCGAGGGUCUACUCCUUUAGACGUGGCCGCAGCCUCAGUGAUGGAUAACAAUGAGCUGGCUCUGGCACUGAGGGAGCCUGACCUGGAGAAGGUGGUGCAGUAUCUUGCUGGCUGUGGGCUACAGAGCUGCUCAAUGCUAGUUUCGAAAGGUUACCCUGACAUUGGCUGGAACCCCGUUGAGGGAGAGCGCUAUUUAGAUUUCCUGCGUUUCGCUGUCUUCUGCAAUGGGGAGAGCGUGGAGGAGAAUGCUAAUGUGGUGGUGAGACUGCUGAUUCGUAGGCCGGAGUGUUUUGGCCCCGCCCUGCGUGGGGAAGGGGGGAACGGGCUGUUGGCCGCCAUGGAAGAGGCCAUUAAAAUCUCUGAGGACCCCAGCAGGGAUGGUCCAUCUCCCACCUCAGAGUCCAGCAGAACACUUGACAUGUUAGAAGAUGAGGAGGAUGACACCAUCCAUAUGGGAAACGCUAUCAUGACGUUCUAUGCAGCCCUUAUUGACCUUCUGGGUCGCUGUGCCCCAGAGAUGCAUCUGAUCAACGCGGGGAAGGGUGAGGCAAUCCGCAUCCGGGCCAUUCUGCGUUCGCUCAUCCCCAUAGAGGACUUGGAGGGAGUAAUCAGCAUCCCGUUUCCCAUGCCCACACUGGCCAAAGAUGGCUCAGUGAUAGAACCAGACAUGUCAGCAGGGUUCUGUCCUGAUCACAAGGCAGCUAUGGUUCUGUUUCUGGACCGGGUCUAUGGCAUUGAGGAUCAGAACUUCCUCUUACACCUGCUGGAGGUGGGAUUCUUGCCUGACCUGAGAGCUGCUGCCUCAUUGGACACGGCUGCUCUUAGUGCCACAGACAUGGCCCUGGCAUUGAACCGGUACCUGUGUACAGCUGUGCUGCCUUUAUUGACCAAAUGUGCCCCACUGUUCGCUGGCACUGAGCCCUUCGCCUCACUGAUCGACUCCCUGCUCCACACGGUUUACCGCCUGUCCAAGGGCUGCUGCCUGACUAAAGCACAGAGAGACGCGAUCGAGGAGUGUCUGCUCGCUGUCUGUGGCAAGCUGAGGCCUUCCAUGAUGCAGCACCUGCUUAGGCGGCUGGUGUUUGAUGUUCCUCUGUUGAAUGAGCACACUAAAAUGCCUCUGAAGCUGUUGACCAAUCAUUAUGAGCGUUGCUGGAAGUACUACUGCCUGUCUGGGGGCUGGGGCAGCUUUGGAGCAGCGUCAGAUGAGGAGUUACAUCUUACCAGAAAACUCUUCUGGGGAAUAUUCGAUGCCUUGGCCAGAAAGAGAUAUGACCUGGAGCUGUUUAAGCUGGCUCUGCCCUGCCUCAGUGCUGUGGCCGGAGCAUUGCCUCCUGACUACAUGGAGUCCAACUACGUCGCCAUGAUGGAGAAACAGUCGUCAAUGGAUGCAGAGGGCAACUUCAACCCACAGCCUGCCGACACCUCCAAUAUUACUAUCCCUGAAAAGUUGGAUCACUUUAUCAACAAGUAUGCUGAACACUCCCAUGAGAAGUGGUCCAUGGAUAAGUUUGCUAAUGGCUGGGUCCAUGGUGAGCAGUUUUGUGAGUCCUCAAAAGUUCAUCCCCUUUUGAAGCCUUACAAGGGUCUGUCUGAAAAGGAUAAGGAGUUGUACCGCUGGCCAAUCAGAGAGUCCCUGAAAACCAUGCUGUCCUGGGGCUGGAGCAUCGAGAGGACGCGAGAGAGUGACCCAGCCAGCUUGCACAACCGCACACGCCGCAUCUCACUGUCCAGCCAGCUCUCCAUAGAGGGUGCUCAUGGGUUCAGUCCAAGACCAGUUGACAUGAGUAAUGUGACCUUGUCCCGCGAUUUACACUCCAUGGCUGAGCUGCUGGCUGAGAACUAUCAUAAUAUUUGGGCGAAGAAGAAGAAAAUGGAGCUUGAAGCCAAAGGUGGAGGGAGCCACCCUUUGCUGGUGCCCUAUGACACUCUGACUGCCAAAGAGAAAUCCAAAGACAGAGAAAAAGCACAAGAUAUUCUCAAGUUCUUUCAGAUCAAUGGCUACACUGUCUCUAGAGCCAUGAAGGAACAGGAGCUUGAUACCCCAUCGAUAGAGAAACGCUUUGCCUACACCUUCCUCCAGCAGCUCAUCACAUACGUGGAUGAAGCACAUGAACACAUGCUGGAGUUUGAUGUGAGCACUCGUCCCAAAGGAGAGAAGAUUCCUCACGAACAGCAGAUGAAGUUCUUUGGAAAGGUGGUCCUACCAUUGGUGGACCAGUACUUCAAGAAUCAUCGGCUUUACUUCCUGUCUACGGCAGUGCGUCCAAUCAGCAGUGGGGGCCACGCCUCCAACAAGGAGAAAGAGAUGGUCACCAGCCUUUUCUGCAAACUUGGAGUUCUGGUCAGACAUAGGAUAUCACUGUUUGGGAAUGAUGCUACCUCCAUAGUCAACUGCCUGCAUAUACUGGGACAAACUUUGGAUGCCAGGACGGUGAUGAAGACGGGAUUAGAUUCUGUGAAGGCUGCUUUGAGGGCCUUCUUCGACAACGCUGCUGAAGAUCUGGAAAGGACCAUAGAGAACCUGAAACAAGGCCAGUUCACACACACACGGACCCAACCAAAGGGUGUGACGCAGAUCAUCAACUACACCACGGUGGCCCUACUGCCAGUCCUCUCCUCUCUGUUUGAACACAUCGGCCAAAACCUGUUUGGUGAAGAUCUUAUAUUGGAUGAUGUCCAGGUGUCAUGUUACAGAAUCCUGAACAGUCUCUAUGCUCUUGGCACCAGCAAAAGUAUAUAUGUUGAAAGGCAGCGGCCGGCUCUGGGAGAGUGUUUGGCUGCUUUUUCUGGAGCCUUCCCUGUGGCGUUCCUAGAGCCUCACCUCAACAGACACAACAGUUACUCCAUAUACAACACCAAGAACUCAAGAGACAGAGCAGCUCUGGGUUUGCCGGCUCAGGUAGGGGAAGUGUGUGCACUUAUUCCCUCUCUGGAGAAAUCACUGGAAGAGAUCAUGGAGCUGGCGGAGUCAGGCAUGCGCUACACACAGAUGCCUCAUGUUAUGGAGGUGGUGCUGCCCAUGCUGUGUAGCUACAUGUCCCACUGGUGGGAGCAUGGCCCAGAGAAUAAUCCGGACCGAGCAGAGAGCUGCUGCACCUCCCUUACCUCCCAGCACAUGAAUGCACUGCUGGGCAACAUUCUCAAGAUCAUCUAUAAUAACCUGGGUAUUGACGAGGGAGCCUGGAUGAAGCGGCUAGCGGUGUUCUCACAACCAAUCAUAAGCAAGGCCCAGCCACAGCUGCUGAAGACCCAUUUCCUGCCACUGAUGGAGAAGCUAAAGAAGAAGGCGGCCACUGUUCUGGUGGAUGAGGAGCACAUGAAGGCCGAAGGUCGCGGGGAGAUGUCCGAGUCUGAACUCCUCAUCCUCGACGAGUUCACCAUCCUCGUUCGGGAUCUCUACGCCUUCUACCCACUCCUCAUCCGAUUUGUCGACUAUAAUAGGGCGAAAUGGCUGAAGGAGCCAAACCCCGAGGCAGAGGAGUUGUUCCGCAUGGUUGCAGAGGUCUUCAUUUUCUGGGCCAAAUCUCAUAAUUUUAAAAGAGAGGAGCAGAACUUUGUUGUUCAGAAUGAGAUCAACAACAUGUCUUUCCUCAUCACGGAUACCAAGUCCAAAAUGUCAAAGGGGGCAGUAUCAGACCAAGAAAGGAAGAAGAUGAAGAGAAAAGGCGAUCGCUACUCCAUGCAGACUUCUCUCAUCGUGGCCGCUCUGAAGAGGUUGCUCCCUGUCGGACUCAAUAUCUGUGCACCGGGAGACCAGGAGCUCAUUGCCCUGGCCAAGAACCGCUUCACACAGAAAGACACAGAGGAUGAGGUGCGGGAGAUUAUUCGUAAUAACCUCCAUCUGCAGGGCAAGCUGGAAGACCCUGCUAUCCGUUGGCAGAUGGCCCUGUAUAAAGACAUGCCAAACCGCAGUGAAGACACGUCAGACCCAGAGAAAACAGUGGAGAGGGUGCUGGACAUCGCCCAUGUUCUCUUUCAUUUGGACCAGGUGGAACAUCCACAGAGGAGUAAGAAGGCAGUUUGGCAUAAGCUUCUGUCCAAACAGAGGAAAAGAGCUGUGGUGGCCUGUUUCAGGAUGGCGCCCUUAUACAACCUGCCCAGGCAUCGAGCAGUGAACCUGUUCUUACAAGGCUAUGAGAAGUCCUGGAUCGAGACAGAGGAACAUUACUUUGAAGAUAAGCUAAUAGAAGAUUUGGCUAAACCUGGAGGGGAGGAGCCUUCAGAGGAGGAGGAGGGGCUUAAACAUAUUGACCCACUGCAUCAGCUCAUUCAGCUCUUCAGCAGAACAGCUCUCACUGAGAAGUGCAAACUGGAGGAAGAUAAUCUCUACAUGGCAUAUGCAGAUAUCAUGGCAAAGAGCUGCCAUGAUGAAGAAGAUGAGGAAGGAGAGGAAGUGAAGAGCUUUGAAGAGAAAGAGAUGGAGAAACAGAAGCUGCUGUACCAGCAGGCCCGACUGCACGACCGUGGUGCUGCAGAGAUGGUCCUACAGACUAUCAGUGCGAGCAAAGGUGAGAUGGGGCCUAUGGUAGCAUCCACACUCAAACUGGGCAUUGCCAUUCUCAACGGAGGCAACUCUACUGUACAACAGAAAAUGCUGGACUAUCUGAAGGACAAGAAGGAUGUUGGCUUCUUUCAGAGUUUGGCUGGACUGAUGCAGUCAUGCAGUGUCCUCGACCUGAAUGCAUUUGAGAGGCAGAAUAAGGCAGAGGGUCUGGGUAUGGUCACAGAGGAAGGUUCAGGAGAGAAAGUGAUGCAGGAUGACGAGUUCACCUGCGACCUGUUCCGCUUCCUGCAGCUCCUCUGUGAAGGCCACAACUCAGAUUUCCAGAAUUACCUGAGAACGCAAACAGGCAACAACACCACAGUCAACAUCAUCAUCUCUACAGUGGAUUACCUUCUCAGAGUUCAGGAGUCCAUCAGUGAUUUUUAUUGGUACUACUCUGGUAAAGACGUCAUUGAUGAACAAGGCCAGCGUAAUUUCUCCAAGGCAAUCAGUGUAGCCAAACAAGUCUUCAAUACCCUCACAGAGUAUAUUCAGGGCCCUUGCACUGGAAACCAGCAGAGCCUUGCACACAGUCGCCUGUGGGAUGCUGUUGUCGGCUUUCUGCAUGUCUUUGCACACAUGCAGAUGAAGCUAUCACAGGAUUCGAGCCAAAUUGAGUUACUGAAAGAGCUGAUGGAUCUUCAGAAAGACAUGGUGGUCAUGUUACUGUCCAUGUUAGAAGGGAAUGUUGUGAAUGGCACUAUUGGGAAGCAGAUGGUUGAUAUGUUAGUGGAAUCCUCCAACAAUGUGGAGAUGAUUCUGAAGUUUUUUGACAUGUUCCUCAAGCUCAAAGACUUGACGUCAUCAGAUGCCUUUAAAGAGUACGACCCAGAUGGCAAGGGGGUCAUCUCCAAAAGGGACUUUCACAAAGCCAUGGAGAGCCACAAGCACUACACCCAGUCAGAAACAGAGUUCCUCCUCUCCUGUGCAGAGACUGAUGAAAAUGAGCUUCUGGACUAUGAGGAAUUUGUGGAACGUUUCCAUGAGCCAGCCAAGGACAUUGGUUUCAAUGUGGCUGUGCUGUUGACCAACCUGUCUGAACACAUGCCACACGACACACGGCUACAGACUUUCCUGGAGCUGGCUGAGAGCGUGCUCAAUUACUUCCAGCCCUACUUGGGCCGCAUCGAGAUCAUGGGAAGUGCCAAGCGUAUCGAGCGUGUAUACUUCGAGAUAAGUGAGUCCAGCAGAACACAGUGGGAGAAACCACAGGUGAAGGAGUCCAAGAGACAGUUCAUCUUCGAUGUUGUAAACGAGGGUGGGGAGAAGGAGAAGAUGGAACUCUUUGUCAACUUCUGUGAGGACACCAUUUUUGAGAUGCAGUUGGCAGCGCAGAUGUCGGAUGCCGGCGAGCGCUCGGCAAGUAAGGAGGAGAGUGAACGGGAGAAGCCGGAAGAAGAAAGUCCAGAGAUGGGUUUCUUCUCCGUCACCACGUUGCGGACAGCUCUACUGGCACUCCGCUACAACGUGAUGCUCCUGAUGAAGGUGCUCUCCAUGAAGAGCCUGAAGAAGCAGGUCAAGAAGGCCAAGAAGAUGACAGUGAAGGACAUGGUGACCACGCUGCUGUCUUUCUACUGGAGUGUGCUGCUGGGACUGCUGCAUUUUGCCUUCAGCGUAGCAAGAGGCUUUUUUCGAAUCGUCUACAACAGCUUCCUGGGUGGGAGCUUGGUGGAAGGUGCUAAGACCAUGAAGGUGUCUGAGCUGCUGGCCAAUAUGCCAGACCCCACACAGGACGAGGUCCGUGGUGAGGCCGGUGAGGAAGGUGAUAAGAAGCCGGCAGAGAAAGCAUCAGCAGAGGAGGAUCUGGCUGAUCUGGCUGUCGCUACGGACGACAUGGACCUCCUCUCGGACAUCUUUGGUUUAGACUUAAGACGCGAGGGAGGGCAGUUCAAAUUAAUGCCCCACAACCCAAAUGCCAGCCUUACAGACCUGCUGAACACACCGGUGCCCCCUGCCCCAAGCCCUUCCCCCGAGCUUCGAAGACGUCAGACGAAGAGCUCUUCAGAGGAGGAAAAACAGGGCGUUGAAGAAACUAACUCAGUGCCUGAAAAAGCCGAGGGAGAAAAAGAGGAGAAAAUGGAAAAGAAGAAGACAGAGAAACCAAAAAAGAAAGUCAGACAACACCGCUCCUCAAAAUCUGAUGAACCUGACCUCCAAGAGUCAGCUUUCUGGAAAAAAAUCAUUGCCUACCAAAGGAAGCUACUUAGCUAUUUUGCACGUAAUUUCUACAACAUGAGAAUGCUGGCUUUGUUUGUGGCCUUUGCCAUCAACUUCAUCCUUCUCUUCUAUAAGGUGUCCACAUCAUCGGCUGUGGUGGAGGAGAAGGAGGUGGCGUACAGCAGCUCAUCAGAUGACAGCAUCCAGUGGGAGUCAACAGACGGCGCAUCUGUCCGCCCUGUGACUGUCCACUUUGUGCUUGAGGAGAGCAGUGGCUACAUGGAGCCCACGCUGCGAAUACUGGCCAUUCUACAUACUGUCAUCUCCUUCUUCUGCAUCAUUGGCUACUACUGCCUGAAGGUGCCGCUGGUGAUCUUUAAGCGAGAGAAAGAGGUGGCCAGGAAGCUGGAGUUUGAUGGCUUGUACAUCACCGAGCAGCCGUCUGAAGACGACAUCAAAGGCCAGUGGGACCGGCUGGUGAUCAACACGCAGUCCUUCCCCAAUAACUACUGGGACAAGUUUGUGAAAAGGAAGGUGAUGGAUAAAUAUGGCGAGUUUUACGGCCAUGACCGCAUCAGUGAGCUGCUGGGAAUGGACAAGGCAGCCCUGGACUUCAGCGACGCUCACGAGAAAAAGAAGCCCAAGAAAGACAGCUCAUUAGCAGCAGUAUUGAACUCAAUUGAUGUGAAGUAUCAGAUCUGGAAAUUAGGAGUCGUCUUCACAGAUAACUCCUUCCUGUAUCUGGCCUGGUACAUGACCAUGUCCAUACUGGGACAUUACAAUAACUUCUUCUUCGCCGCCCACCUGCUGGACAUUGCCAUGGGCUUCAAAACUCUCAGGACCAUCCUGUCCUCAGUCACACACAAUGGCAAACAGCUGGUCCUGACUGUUGGCUUGCUGGCAGUGGUGGUAUACCUCUACACAGUGGUGGCCUUCAACUUCUUCCGCAAGUUCUACAACAAGAGCGAGGAUGGCGAGUCUCCAGACAUGAAGUGUGAUGACAUGCUCACGUGCUACAUGUUUCACAUGUACGUGGGUGUGCGUGCCGGAGGCGGCAUUGGCGACCAGAUCGAGGAUCCCGCCGGGGACGAGUAUGAGAUCUACAGGAUCAUUUUUGACAUCACCUUUUUCUUCUUCGUCAUUGUCAUCCUCCUGGCAAUCAUUCAGGGUUUGAUCAUCGAUGCUUUUGGUGAGCUGAGAGACCAACAGGAACAGGUGAAGGAAGACAUGGAGACCAAAUGCUUCAUCUGUGGCAUUGGAAAUGACUAUUUUGACACUGUCCCGCAUGGCUUUGAAACCCACACGCUUCAGGAGCACAACUUGGCAAACUAUUUAUUUUUUGUGAUGUAUCUUAUAAACAAAGAUGAGACAGAGCACACAGGCCAGGAAUCAUACGUGUGGAAAAUGUACCAGGAGCGUUGCUGGGAGUUCUUCCCAGCCGGAGACUGUUUCCGCAAGCAAUACGAAGACCAGCUCAACUGA